UGUAAUCAAGGAUGUCGUUUUCACCUUAACAUCGCUGUAGGCAAUUUCCUUAUAGGCACAGCUUGUCCAGUUAUUUUUGGGGCGGUGCUAAGAUAUCUUAAAAGUUAGCCUAUUUUGCCUAAAGUGACGAUCCGUAGGCCUAUUCAGCUACAAAUAUUUCCAUAGCACCAGAAAGGCGUGCAUCGUAGCCUAGUUUACGCUGUAGGCUAAUAUAGGGUAGGUCUACUUAUGCAUUUUGCUACAGAAUGGAGACGACCCACGUUGAAACUAGCGAGAUGAACGGAAACCAUUAUUCGGACAGAAAGGCUGUCACAAACUCGGACUCAAGUCAACAAAAUGUUUACGGAUUUUACAGGCGUCUGAGGCGUGGGAUACCUCUCGACUUCUGGAAAGAAAUCCUUCAGUUAGCACAAUUAGCUGGACCCCUGCUCAUUUCUGAGCUUCUUAUGUUUUUUAUACCUCUUGUCAGCACCGCAUUCUGUGGAAAUCUGGGGAAGACAGAGCUGGCUGCAGUUGGUCUGGCAACAGCUGUGAUCAAUGUUACAGCUGUUUCAGUUGGAUUUGGAUUAGCGUCAGUAUGUGACACAUUAUUAUCUCAGACCUUUGGGAGCUGUAACUUAAAGAGAGUGGGGGUCAUUCUGCAGAGGGGUAUCCUAAUUUUACUUCUGGCUUGUUGCCCAUGCUGGGCUAUUCUUAUGAAUACAGAAUCCUUCGUCCUGGCUGUCAAGCAAACCCCAGAGGUGGCCAGGCUGGCCCAGAUGUAUGUGAAGGUCUUUAUGCCUGCACUACCUGCAGUAUUUUUAUUCCAGCUACAAGGAAGGUAUCUUCAAACUCAGGGUAUAAUAUGGCCCCAGGUGAUCACAGGAAUUGUGGGAAAUGUCCUGAAUGCAUUGAUCAACUACAUCUUCCUGUUUGUACUGGACCUUGGUGUAGUUGGUUCAGCUGCAGCCAACACCAUAUCCCAGUACUACCUGGCUCUGUUCCUGUUUGCCUACAUUUACUGCAAGGGUUUGCAUAAGCCCACCUGGGGAGGCUGGUCUGUGGAAUGUCUGCAGGAAUGGGGAUCCUUCCUCAACUUAGCCAUACCCAGCAUGCUCAUGACAUGUCUGGAGUGGUGGGUAUAUGACAUUGGCGGAUUCCUGGCAGGUCUAAUAAGUGAGGUGGAACUGGAUUCACAGUCAGUCGUCAAUGUGCUCUCUGGUCUGUCAUUUAUGUUUCCUCUAGGCCUCAGUGUAGCUGCCAGCGUGAGAGUGGGGAAUGCUCUGGGAGCUGGAAAUGCACAGCAGGCUCAGCUGUCCAGCAUGGUCUCCGUAGUAUGUGGAGUUGUGAUUGCCUUGUGUGUGGCACUGACCAUUGGGAUGACAAAGGAUGUGAUUAGCUUUGUCUUCACAAGUGACCAGCAGAUCAGGAAAAGAGUUGGGGAGGUUAUGGUUCUCUAUGCACCCUUCCACUUAUUUGAUGCAACGGCAGGUGUGAUUGGGGGCAUUUUGAGAGGGGUGGCAAAACAGAAGAUUGCCGCAUUUUGCAAUCUGGUGGGGUUCUACUUCGUGGGGUAUCCCAUUGGAAUGUCCUUGAUGUUUGCAGCGAAUCUUGGAAUCACCGGUUUGUGGACUGGCCUUUUAAUUUGUGUUUUCCUCCAGGCUGGUUUGUUUUUAAUCAUCAUUCUCAAACUGGACUGGAAAAAAGCUGGCAUUGAGGCGCAAGUCAGGGCUGGAGUACAGACGACAGAGCAGAGCGAUCAGGCGCAGGCCAUGGAGAUGCAGGGUGGCGCCCAUGGUCUUCCAGAAAUUACUCCAGGCAUCCAUGAUGGGGAGCACAGGGAGUUCAACUCAGACCUGGAAGGGCUGCAUGAGAGAGAAGGUGGGACCCUCACCACAGUGGGGGAGGUGCUGUCUUUCAGGCAGCUGUUUCUGCGCCGGGGGUUAGCGCUGUGCGGUAUGUUGGUCGUCCUAGCUGCUGGUAUCCUUGCCAACAUGCUGCUCCCUGCAGUCUUUAAAUAAGGGAUGCUCAUACUAUCCUAAUGGAUGGUUAUCCUACCUAGUGGACCCACAACCAAGUAGGAUCCAGAAAUAAUGUGAUUUUUUUAUAUGCCAGUAUAUUGAUGGAAAAUAUCUAAAUAAUUUAGUACAUUCAAUAUUUUAAGACAAACCGUGAUUGUAUGCAUACUGGAAAUAAAAGCAAAUGUAAUCAAAAUCAAAUCUAUUUUAUUUAACAGAAAACUGUCACAAAGACAC